GUUUUGGUUUGAAGGCACGUGCUGCUUUGACAGUUCGACUCCAUAUACAUCUUUUACAAUAUUUUUGUUCAUUUUCUAAGUAAAGUUUGUUUAUAUUUUCAUAAUUUAAAAUGGAAUUAUUCUCAGUGAAAAGGUAUACCGAGGGCGAACAAUUCACCGACGAUCCAAGUAAAGAAGAUGAAAUUCUCCAGAAACUUUUGAAAAAAGUCCAAUCACGAAAAAGUACACAAAGUGUCGAAACUUCUAAUAAUGUUUCCGAUAUCCCAGUCGUCAAAGAAAAUCAACCAGAAUCAGAAGGAGAAGAGGAAGAAGAAAAAGAUGAAGCAACAGAUUCCCCAAAGAAAGCAAAAUUAUCAGACGAACCGACCGAAUCGACCAGCGAAGACUUCCAAGUACUCGGCUCAAAUGUGUUCGACCGCAAGCCCAAAGUCGAAAUGGUUCUACCUCCUUGGUUGGCACACCCAACAGUCAUUGCAACGAGUAUUGUUGAGUCGACAGAGCAAGAGGAUAGCUCGGUGCAUAAAUCUCCUUAUCUGUCCGAGCAUGUGAAAGAAUCACUCAAAGAAUUAUCCAUUGACAAUUUAUUUCCCGUCCAAAAGUCAGUAAUUCCUUGGAUGCUUGCAGCCCACUCAAAACCCUUCCCCUUUCGGCCAAGAGACAUUUGCGUCUCUGCGCCGACAGGUAGUGGCAAGACGCUUGCCUUCGCUGUGCCCAUCGUUCAGUUGUUAGAAAAUCGCGUUGAAAAGAAAAUCCGUGCUCUCGUAGUACUCCCAGUGGCUGAAUUGGCCCUGCAGGUCUAUAAAGUCUUCAAAAAACUCACAGAAAAGACAACACUUAACGUAGUCAUUCUGUCGAAAUCAUUUCCAUUCCAUCUGGAGCAGCAAAAGCUUGUUGAAAUAUACAAGGGAAAAUUUUACUCCAAAGUUGAUAUUGUGAUUACAACACCUGGUCGGCUAGUGGAGCACCUGCAUGCCACAAAUGGAUUUUGUCUGAAAUCCCUAAAGUUCCUUGUCAUUGACGAAGCAGACAGAAUUAUGAACCAAGUCCAUCACAACUGGCUGUACCAUCUGGACAAUCAUGUCAAAACCACAUCGGAUAUGUUGCUUUCUGGGCGGGCAGCCCCUUUGUGCAUCAAUGAACUAGAAUCUUCUGCUUGCACCCAACCCCACAAAAUGCUUUUCUCUGCAACUUUAUCACAAGAUCCUGAAAAACUGCAAAGUAUUCGGCUUUUCCAGCCUAAGCUUUUCACAUCGGUUCUAACUAAGCUCGAUGUUGGUGAGAAAUCCACCGAUGUCAAGUCUGCGGAAAUUCGGGAUGAAUUCAUUGGCAAGUACACAACUCCGGCUGAGUUGACUGAGAAGUACUGCAUAACCGAGAGUCGCAUCAAACCAUUGACGCUUUACUCUCUCAUCACCGAGAAUAAAUGGACCAAGUUCUUAUGCUUUACUAACAGUGUGGAAUCCUCGCACAGAUUGGCGUAUGUUUUGAAAAUCCUCUUUAAAGACACUCUGAUGAGCAUUGGUGAAUUAUCAGCGGGCUUGAGUGGCAAGGUACGUACAAACGUCCUCAGUUCCUUUGCCCGAGGAAAAGUCAAUGGAUUGAUAUGUUCUGAUGCUUUGGCGCGUGGUAUUGAUAUACCAGAUGUUGAUAUUGUGAUUUCCUACGAUCCAGCAAGACACAUCAAGACCUACAUCCAUAGGAUAGGAAGAACAGCUCGUGCUGGUCGGCCAGGAACAGCAAUAACUUUGCUAACACAAAAGGAACUCAAUAGUUUCAAUCACACCCUCUCUGAAGUUGGCAAAGCAAUAACCGAAGAAAUCAAGGUGGCAACCAACGUCGAAGAAAGCAAUGCUAAAGUUUAUGCUUCAGCACUUGAAUCGCUCCGCAAGAAAGUCGAAUCAGAUAAGCACUCGAAGAUUAUCAUUAAAAAUAUUGCUAAAGAAAAAGCUAAGCUUGUCAAUACAAAUAAAACUGAUAUGACAUUGAUGGAGAAACUCCAAGUGCAAGUGACGAAGAGAGUUUUGCAAGGAGCUGAGGCAAAAGACGGCCAUAUUCUAGUUAAAGAACGUAAAAAGAAAAAUCCAAUGAAGACGUUCAAAGAGAAAAAAUUAAACAAAGUGGCUAAAGGUUCGCAUACAAUUGGAAAAGCGAAACAGAAUAAAAAGAAAUGAGAUAUUUUCUAAUUAAAGUGAUCAAAUAGUUGAAAUAAAGGACGUUUUUAUUUUGUUUUAAUUUUACAAACAAAAAAGUUUAAAAUACUUUU